AUGGGGGCAUCUUUCUCGAGGACUAACAAACAGAGAGUGAUAGCAACAAGGUCGCAGCUUGACGAAGAAAUCAAUCUCUUUCUCAGCGAAACUCGUCCAUCUCCGUCUACGAAUCCUAUCGACCAACAAUAUAAUCAACUAAUCUCGACUUUCCUCGAGAUCGCUGUCGAUCAGACGGUCGAAACGGCAAGAAGUUUCUUAGAGACAACAAACUGGAACAUCGGGGAAGCCAUCAAUCUCUUUCUCGUUGGAAACAACUAUGAUCCUUCGAUGCAUCGUCGUUCUGAUGAACAGGAAUCAGAUUCGACGGUUCCUCAACAUCUUCUUCUUUUCGAGGGCUCGUUCGAAGACGCGAAAUCAGUUUCUUCCCAAGAUAAUCUAUGGCUGCUGGUGAAUCUACAAUCCAGAACAGGGUCUGCUUCUCAAACGCUUGACCAAGAUAUCGACUCUGCUCCUCCCGUAGUGCUUUUAAUCGAUCCCAUCACUGGUCAGAAGAUGCGUAUGUGGAGCGGCGAGAUUGAAGCUCAGGGUUUUGUCGAGGAUCUGAUGCAGUUUUCGGAGGCUGGUCCUCAUGAACACGUUGCUUCUCUGAUAAGGAACAGAUCCCCUGAGACGAAUGAGGGAUUACAGAUUGGUACAACGUAUGAAAUCCCGGCUCCUUCUUGGGGUGAAGAGUUUGAAAAGGAGGAUACUUGUUCGUCAAGCGACAGCAUCGAUCAUCAGACUGUGUCUCCUUCUUGUGGUGAAGAGUUUGAAAACGAGGAGACUUUGUCCUCAAGCAACAACUAUGAUCACAUGGUGGCUCCUUCUUGGGGGCCCGAAUUUGAAGAGUCUGCAGAAGUGAAAGAGGAGGAGGAGACUUGUUUAGAGUUUCCAGAUUUGACAGAAGAGCCUAAGGGAGACUGCGAUCGAAGCCUUGUGUGCAGUCUCUGCGUUAGGUUUCCAGAUGGGAGAAGAAAGCAGAGGAAGUUUCUCAAUACGGAACCAAUUCAGCUUCUUUGGUCGUUCUGUUACUUUCAGAUGGAGACAUCCGAGAAGAAGGCGUUUAAGCUGGUACAAGCGAUUCCUGGUGCUUCCAAGACUCUAGGUUAUGAAGCUAACACAACUUUUGAUCAAUCUGGGCUCGCUAAUUCGAUGAUCUCGGUUACUUGGGAAUGA